ACCUCUAGGCUACAUCUCAUCGUUUCUUACAACCAAUAAAACUUGGAUGUACCCGCCUCAGCAGCUGCUAGAAGUCGAACAUCAAGUUCAGCUGCAACACUAGAUGGUAGUUUCUUCUCGCCUUCCAAAAUCCUAUGUUUCGGCUAAUGCUGUCUGUUUGGCGGGUAUACGGGCUGUUCCUUCCGCUUUGGGCUAAGUCUGUGUUGCGGCGCAGCGUCACUUCAACAAAGGGCAGUCGAGAUCGCUCAACCCACUCGAAUCCAUCUACACUUCCCAGACCAUGCCAUUCAUUCAAUUUUGGUGUUUUCCAUAUAAUUACUGGCUCAUCUGCCCAGAGCUCAAUCAACGCCAACCGCUCACCCAAUACAGGUGCAAACUUCACUCGUUUUUCGAAUCGAAAGACGAGACCUGGUUUUACGAUACCUUCGCAAAACCCAGGCCAGAUGCGCAGCGGAUUCAAAACUUUCACCCCCCGGCUGGAGGCCUCUUCGAACGCCUUCCGAACGAAAUCAUUGACGAAAUAUUCGAUUAUGUUCUGCUUCACAAGGACUACGUCCUCAACCUUGAUCUCUACAAUAGCGAGCUGCUACACAGCAAGGCUCAAGAUGAAGCCUUGGACGACCUGAUAUCUUGGGCCUUUCGUCUGCUCGCCUGUGGCCAAUGCUCUUGAAGCGCAUUCACCGGAACUACCAGAUUAACUGGUCAGGCAAGAAGGUUGGCUUUCACCACUACAACUUUGCCUUCACCGCUGAGCAAGGGCACAACUAUGGUAUGAUGGAAGAUGUG